AUGGUAGGUCGACAACAGGAUGCUGACCAAUUUGUUGAGAAAUAUCAACAGGAAGAGGUGGCCAUGGAGAAUAACCUUACUACAAUGAUCGAAAGGAUUAUGGCUAGAAACGGAAUGAACACUCCAUUACAAAGGCCGACAUAUUCUUCCCCGUUAGCUGAAUACAUUGUACAGGCAGAGAAUCCUAGGGGAUGGAAAAUACCUAAGUACACCAAAUUCGGAGGAGAAAUUGGAGAAUCGACAGUCGAGCAUAUUGCCAGAUAUCUAACUGAAUCAGGAGACAUGGCGAAUAACGAAAGCCUCAGGGUUAAGCAUUUUCCAUCGUCUCUUACAAAGGCAGUGUUCACUUGGAUCACUACAUUACCCCCUAACUCUGUCGACUCAUGGCCAAAAUUGGAAAAGCCUUUCAAUGAGCAGUUUUAUGAGGGCCAUUCGAAAAUUAGUCUGGUCGAACUGUCGAGCAUCAAAAGGAGGUUCGCAGAGACCAUCGACGACUAUCUGAAUAGGUUUAGGUCACUUAAAGAAAAAUGUUUCACGCAGGUACCUGAACAUGAACUGGUUCAGAUGGCGGCAGGAGGUCUAGGUCAUUCCAUUAGGAAGAAAAUAGACCCAACUUUUGUCAAAAGUAUGUCGCAGUUAGCUGAUAGGGUUCGACACCUUAAACGCUUGAGACUAGAAAAAUUCAGGCAUACCAAGGCAAAAGCUAAAAAGGAAAAGGUAGCUUACGUCGAUUACGAUGAUACAUACCCUAUAUACGAAGCUGACUACAUCUCGCUGACAGAGGCGGAGAUUGAUCUGGCCAAAAUGAAACCAGGGCCAGCAUACGAAUGCAAAUCGUUGUUUCCGUCGAAAUAA